UCGUGGUGUCGCUAGCGAACUUUUCACUUUUCCGUCCAAUUUCCCACGUGUUUUGAAAAAAUUCUGUGUUGUGUGAUGCGCUCUUCUGUGCGAGGAACGUUACUUGACACACUUUAUUGAAGAAGAAGAAAAUGUAACGUAAAAAAUUGCAGUGAUGUUGGAUCUCAGUUUUAAAUUAAUUGUUACGAACUUUUUACACCGGUAUUGAAACACAAUCGGAUCGGUUUCGUGGUAAAUUUACUGUGUUGCAUAAUAACUUUUAUAUACUUUCUCGUGGACGACGAAGAAUGAUAUAGUUCUACGCUUCCUCAUAAGGUGCUAUGAAGGGAAAAGACUACAAAGCCAAAAUGCCCGUGAAGGAAUGGUUUCGAAGUCUGCAGCCCAUCCAGCUUUAUGUUAUUUUAAUUCUGACUGUGAUGUUUUUUAUAACCGAAUUGAUUUUUAGUCACAUUACACAUGCUUUAACACUUUUAAUGGACUCCUACCACAUGCUGUGCAAUAUUUUAGCGUUGACUGGCUGCAUUAUUACGAUUAAGAAUAGCAAUCGCAAAGAAUGCAGCACACAGGACCUUUCAUCUAGCGUCAGUACAAUAAGCGAAACAGUCCUAAACCCGUCCGGUUGUUCGGACAAAAGACCAAAUCAAACGAAAAAAUCGCCAACGAGGGCCAAUCAAGAAAGCAAAUUAAAGAACACCUUCGGAUGGGCGAGAAUCGACGUAAUUUCGCUGCUGAUUUGUUGCAUUUUCAUGGCAUCAUUGUCAUUUUCCGUAUUUGUGGAAGCACUGCAAACACUAGUUCACAUCGACCACCUUGACGAAAUGCAUCAUCCUUUGUCGGUUUUAUUUAUCGGAGCUGCAGGCUUAUUGUUGAAUGGAGUUUGUUAUUUGCUAAUUGGCGGCUACACAUUCCAUCAAGGAAGUUUUCUCUAUGUCACAGAGAGUGGCGAUGUUGUUUUAGACAGAGUUGUUGUACCUGAUUUAGUGAAACAGGGAGGAAGGAGAUUGUCCAGGACUAGGCCAACUCCUCCACUCCCAAAAAGACAAAGGCAAGGGUUUUUAGAAAUGUGUAGAGACGUCAUAGGCUGUGUUUUUGUUAUUAUUUGUGCUUUAAUAGUCUACUUCACCGACAAACAUAUCGCUAAAUACGUGGAUCCUAUUUUGUCUUUAGUUUCUGCAGGUUCUUUGCUGUUUCUCAGCUAUCCCCACAUGAAGGAAAGCUGCUUGAUUCUCCUGCAAACGAUACCUGACUCUAUAAACAUAGACGUUUUAAAAAAGGACUUGAUAAGUCAUUUUCCCGAUAUUGUGAACGUUCACGACUUUCACGUUUGGCAGCUUACAGCGACCAAAAUUAUUUCCACAGUUCACAUUAUUUUUGAAAAUCAGAAGAGUUACAACACCAUUAUGGACGACAUUAAGGAAUUCUUAAUCGAUAAUGGGAUUACGCAAGUGACCAUCCAGCCCGAGUUUUACACAAAGGCUGAAAGUGCGCAAAAUUUGACUUCACUUUGUUUAAUGCAAUGCCAAGGUGAAGGCUGUAAAUUAAGUCAUUGUUGUCCCAACUACGAAUCCACUAAUAUUAAAUUGAGGAAAGGAAGCAAAUCGGAUGUCAAAGAAGCUCUGAUGUUACGAAAUUCUUUGCCUGAUUUGAGGUCGAUUAAAAUAAUCAAUAACGAAUUUUCCAAAACAACCGAUUGUUUGACACGGACCGCAACGACACAAAGCAGUGACAAAAUACCGUCAUAGUUAUGUAUUUUUUAUUCUUCUCAAGUACAAAGUAUUGUAGGUUUAUUCAACCUGUGACAGAAAUAAAUACGUUAAUUUUAA